AUGACGGUCAUACAAAUUUCCGACGCUGUCUUCGAGGCAAUGAAGGAUCAAGUAGUGUUUAUUACUGGCGGCUCCUCAGGAAUCGGAAAAGCAACGGCGGAGUUAUGUCUCAAGCACGGCGCGAAUGUAAUCAUCGGCGACAUGAACCCACUACCGUCUGACCUCGAGAUCUCGGAAAAGCUCAAGUUCAUAAAACUAGACGUCUCCUCAUGGGAAAGCCAACGGGAUGCAUUUAUCCAAAUUGAAGAACGGUUCGGUCGUCUGGAUCACGUCUUCGCUAAUGCCGGCGUGGGACCAACGAUCGAUUUCCUAGACGAAACCCUGGACAAAAAUGACCACCUUACCCCUCCCGAUCUGCGGACGAUCAAUGUCAAUCUUCUGGGUGUUCUGUACACAGUUCGUCUAGCUACAUAUUACAUCCAGAAGAACUCGGCACAUCGUCUAUCUGGUGAACUGGGCAGUAUCGUGGUCACUGCUUCUGGGGCUUCGUUCCAGAACUUCAGUGCUGGUGAUUACACGAUCGCGAAACACGGGGUCCUAGGACUCAUCCGCGGAAUAGGACAUCAACUUGAGGGGAAGGUUCGACUCAAUGCGGUUGCGCCUUCCUGGACAGCGACUGCCAUGAUUCCUGUCGCCUUUAUUGAGGAGCUUGGUGUUACUGUUCAAGGACCGGAGGUUGUAGCCCGGAAUGCGGCACUACUUUUUUGCGAUCAGCAGCGUCAUCGGGAUGUUAUAUAUAGCUGGGACGGGAAUUAUCUGGAGGUCAAUAAUGCGGAAGGGGGAUUUCUGGCAGCUGCGAGUGGAAUCCUUGGGAAUUCAGCUAAUGAGGAAUGGGUUAUGAGGAAGAUGGUAGAAGAAAAUGCACUCGGCUAG